AUGCCUACCGAGCAGACCAGCCAGAUGAGUGAACCAGUAUUUGAAGCAGCUACUUGCCACAAGCCGAGACUUAUCAUUCUAAUCAGGCAUGGAGAGAGUGAAUCCAAUAAGGACAAGACGAUUAACCAACACACCCCAAACCAUCAAAUUCCCUUGACUGAAAACGGUUGGAAGCAAGCAAGACAGGCUGGGAUCGAUUUGUUACGAGUGUUAAACUUGGACGACUAUUCAAUAGUCGAUAAGCUUGAAGAACAAUGUAAGGAAGAAAAUGGCACCAAAAAAGAACUACCCCUUAGAAACUACUCACCGUUGAGUAAGAAGAAGGAUACCAAUGUGGUUUUUUACACUUCUCCAUAUAAGAGAGCAAGACAGACUUUGAAGGGGAUACUCAAUGUGUUUGAUGAAUACAACGAAUUGAACUGCGGCGUCAAAGUGAGUGAAGAUGAAAAGUAUCACACAACAGGCAAGAGUAAGUUUGCACUGUGGUAUCCACCAACAUUCCCCAGUGGUUUCUACGAGAACAGAAGGCGCUCUCCAGUGGAGGAAUUGAGUGAUGGUAAGAACUUUCUUCAAUACCGCGUUAAGGACGACCCCAGAAUUAGAGAACAGGAUUUCGGUAACUUUCAGCAAGUCAACAGCAUGCAAGACGUGAUGAAAAAAAGAUCUACCUACGGCCACUUCUUUUAUAGAUUCCCGGAGGGUGAAAGUGCAGCAGACGUUUACGACCGAGUAGCCAGUUUCCAAGAGACACUCUACAGAUAUUUCGAACGCACGAACAAGAGACCUCGAGAUGCCGUAGUACUGGUCACUCACGGUAUCUACUGUAGAGUUUUCCUCAUGAAAUGGUUCCGGUGGACAUACGAAGAAUUCGAAUCGUUUACAAAUGUGCCGAACGGCAGUAUGAUAGUCAUGGAGUUCGACAACUCCACGGAUAGAUAUGUUCUCAGAACAGAGCUUCCCAAAUGGUGCUGA